GGAAUGCUCAUGGAGAUGUUGAGCUCAUUGAAAAAGGAGGAGAUAUUGGACCUUCUCACUGAUGGCUUUUGCCAUCACUGCGAGUCUCUUCUCCACGCUCGAAUUCGAAGCCUUCGCAAAAGAAAGAUGGAUGAAACUUCAUAUUCUGAUGAAGGCUUCGAGUCUUUUAGAGAUGCAGAAGACAUGCCUGUGAAUGGUAAUGCUUCAAAUCCAGAUUCUUUGACUAGAAGGCUGAGAAAUCAACUAGAUAGACCAAGGAACUCUUCACAAAGACAUGUUUCUGCUUUAUCCAUGAGGGAUAACAAAUCCACUUUUGAUUAUUUACCUAAAUAUUUGGAGGGCUCCGAACAAUCUGAUUCUGAUUCUGAUUUGUUGUUGUUAAAUGAUGGAAUUGGUGGAGGUUCUUCAUUUGAAAAUGGGUUAUCAGAGGACCAAAAGGAGUGUAUCAGAUAUUCUCAAGUUCAUAGUAAAAAGGACUUUUCCUGCAUUGAAAGGGUAAAUGGAAGAGAAAUAAAUGUGCUCCAGGGUCUUGAACUUCACACUGGGGUUUUCAAUUCAAUGGAGCAGAACGAAAUCGUUGAGUGUAUAUACCGAUUAGAAUGGAGGGGAAAACAAGGGAAACUUAGAGAACGUACUUAUACAGAACCAAGAAAGUGGAUGCGUGGUAAAGGACGUGUGACAAUACAAUUUGGCUGCUGUUACAAUUAUGCAGUGGACAAAAAUGGCAACCCUCCGGGCAUUCUUAGAGAUGAAGAGGUUGAUCCAUUACCACCUCUGUUCAAGCAAAUGAUAAAGAGAAUGGUUAGGUGGAAUAUAGUUCCUUCCACAUGCAUUCCUGACAGUUGCAUUGUGAACAUAUAUGAUAAAGGGGACUGCAUUCCUCCUCAUAUUGACCACCACGAUUUUGUGAGACCAUUUUUUACUGUAUCAUUCUUGAGUGAGUGUAAAAUACUAUUUGGUUCAAAUUUGCAAGUUGUUGCUCCAGGGGAGUUUUCAGGGCCAGCUUCCAUUCCUUUGCCUAUCGGGUCUGUGUUCAUCUUGAAUGGCAAUGGAGCUGAUGUUGCUAAACAUUGUAUUCCAUCUGUUAAGUCAAAAAGGAUUUCGAUUACCUUCAGAAAGAUGGAUGAGAGCAAGUUGCCAUACAAGUUUUCACCCUAUCCUGAUCUAGUUGGAAUCAAUCCAUUUAUCAUUUCACCUCCAAACAAACCAGUUAUAGGGUGGGGCAAAGUUGGGAACUUAAAAUUUCAACAAAAGUCUCACAUAUUUGAAUCUGAAUCUGAUACUGUAUCAAAGGCCGGAAAAGAAAUAGUUUGGAGUGGGAGAUGAAUUUCUUCCUCCCAAUGUUAGUUAAGGAAAAUUUAUAAAUUUCAAAGCAAUAAGUUUGAUGAACUUGCCUUUCAUUUUCUUUUAGUAAAUACAAUUCCUUGUGUUUUUGACAAGUGACUUUUCUUAUAAGUCAAUGUUGCAUGGUACGAAUGAAUAUUAUACGCUUCUUGCAAGCGCAUCAGUCAGGCUUUUCUCCUUUUAAAAAUGGAAAUAAGAUAAGCCACUAGAGUUUGAGUAAUUUGUAUGAGGUCAUAGGUUUAAAUUUCUUUAUUAUUAUUGUAUAAAAAAAUGUAAAU